AUGAUUCCCUCGACCAAUCACCCAGUUAUUGUGGUCGGCGCCAGCUUAGUCGGUUUAUCUGCAGCCCUAUGCUUGGCCUCACAUCAAGUUCCGACCAUCGUUCUCGAAAAACACUCUGGCAAAUCGCAGCACCCACGUGCAAUUGGUUUCACUUCCCGAACAAUGGAGAUUUAUCGCAUUCUCGGGAUUGAGAAUAAAGAUCCCGCGCCUGAGGAUUUCAAGCUCGAGCGUGCUCACGUCGAAAGUCUGACUGGAAAGUGGCUCGAUGAGUCCUCCUGGUCCGACACGGAGAGAAAGCCAAAAGUGGAAAAGCCAGUGAAACCAAAUCCACGGUCUUCCGGCCCAAAGAAAGAGUACUCGGUUGAACGUGCCUCGGCUAUCCCGCAAGACAAGUUGGAGCCUAUGCUCGAGGCUUUGGCUUUGGAACGCGGCGCAGAUAUUCGUCGCCAACAGAAAUUGAUCCGUGUGGAUCAGGACCAAGACGGUGUCGUCGCCACAGUUACCGAUGCCGAGGGCAAUGAGCAAAAGAUUCGUGGUUCCUACCUCAUCGCAGCAGAUGGGAACCGCAGCACCGUCCGAGAACUCCUUCAGAUCCCCCGACACGGCCGUGGACACAUGCAGACCUUGAGCAGUGUUUUGUUCCGUGCACCUAUCGAACAAUGGACCAAGGGUUUUUUUCAGUUUGAUAUCGGUCAGCCCGAUCUUAAGGCAUUCUUGGCUUCCUACAGCGACGGGCGAUGGGCCUUGAUGUUCAAGGAUGCAAUCGACCGCGACGAGCAAGCUCUCCGAGCCGCCAUUUAUCAAGCUGUUGGAAGAUCUGACUUCCCCGUUGAGAUCAUCACAACUGGCCGUUGGGAACUCACAGCUCUCGUAGCCGACACUUUCCAAUCUGGACGAAUCUUCCUCGCUGGUGAUGCCGCCCACACUUUACCGCCUAACCGUGGCGGUUACGGCGCAAACACUGGUAUCCACGACGUGCAAAAUCUCGCAUGGAAGCUCGCAGCUGUUUUGUCUGGCAAGGCAUCGGCGAAGCUUUUAGAUACGUACGAUUCUGAACGACGUCCUGUGGCACUUCUACGACAUGAUCAGAUCUUUGUCCGUGCCGAUUACAAAAUUCAUUUGGACACUGCCACUCCGGCUGGAGAAAAAAUCGACGACGAUGCCAUGGAGUUUGGCCAGAUCUAUCUCUCUGAGGGUAUAAUUGGCGCUGAUAAAAGUCUGCCUCGCGCGAAGAAGCCUGAUGAAUGGAAUGGUCAGCCCGGAACCCAUAUGCCUCAUUUCUGGGUUCUGAAAAAUGGGGAGAAGAUUCCUACCCUCGAUCUUCUUGGUCAGGGAGCAUGGACCCUGAUCUCGGAAUCGGAUAAGUGGAGCGAGGCAGUCUCUACUGUCAACGAGAGCUCAUCCAUUCCACUCGAGUUUGUCCAUUUUGGAAACAGUGUGCAACUCGUUCAUGGAGAUGACUUCCAGAAACAUUUCUCAGUCUCACAGUCUGGAGCUGCUCUCGUUCGACCGGACGGGUAUAUUGCUUGGAGGGUCGAGGCACUCCCCUCGAAUGCGGCAGAGGCUCUGAAGGGAGUGAUGUCGAAGGUUUCUUUCAGCACCGGCGGACCUCAAAUUUGA